CCAUGGUCGCAUAAUCGUCAACCGGCCGCAUCGAGCUCCAGCUCAGCUUUCUCUCUCACGGCAAGCUCCAGAGCCCAAAUCACAAAAUGUUACCCCUCGGUCUCUUGAACGCCGCCCAAGGGCACCCCAUGCUCGUCGAGCUGAAGAACGGCGAAACACUUAAUGGCCACCUGGUCAUGUGCGAUACCUGGAUGAACCUCACAUUGAAGGAGGUUGUUCAAACGAGUCCGGAAGGCGACAAGUUCGUCAAGAUACCCGAAGUUUACGUCAAAGGAAACAACAUCAAAUACCUACGAGUCCCCGACGACAUCAUUGACGUCGUGAAGGAGAACCAACAGAACCAGCAAGGAGGAUUCCGCGGUGGCAGAGGUGGAUCGAGAGGAGACCACGGCGGCCGUGGUGGCGAUAGAGGUCGGGGCAGAGGCCAAGGCCGUGGAGGCAGAGGAAGAGGCAACCGUGGUGGCGGUGGGCAAUGAUAAUAUCCCGGGCACGACCAUGACGAGCCCAGUCGAUGCACGGUUCCCAGCAGCUACUCUGCACCAUAUGGAAGGAACAUACGGUCCUCUGAAGGCUGCAGACAUUCAUGUUGGACGUCUUGCGCGAAAAGGAAUCCGAAUGCGGAUGCCAUUCGGAAUUACAAGGCCAUUGGAUCAGCAUUGCGUUGCCGGCCUCUUGCCGCCCGCAUGGGAAGCAUGCGAAUCGACAUAAUCAUUUUACGUUUUAAAAGCAGGAAAGGAAACCUAUGAGAGGCUAUGUCCCUUCAAAUAUCGCAUUUGAGACUUGUGGUUGCUCGCCGUCUAUCGCAAACCGCAUCAUCGAAUGAGUCACGUGAUCCACUUUGCACCGGGAUUAUCUCGGUGAGGGA